AUGGAACUAGCCAUCCUUACGUCUGUUAUGUCUGGAGGCAUAGGUGUUUUUGUUGGUUGGUGUGUCUUUCGUAAACUUGGUAGCAGUGUUAAUUUAGCAUCGAAAUUGACUCAUUGCAAACCUGUUCCUGGUAAAAUGAAACUAGUGUUAAUAGUACGAUCUGAUCUUAAAAUGGGUUGUGGAAAGAUUGCUGCUCAGUGUUCCCAUGCUGCUGUUUCUUGUUAUGAAGAAAUUAUUGAAAAAAAUCCUGGCAUCUUAAAGGCAUGGGAAGAUCAAGGACAACCCAAAAUCGUACUUAAAGUUGACAGUUAUGAAGAAAUGCUUAAACUAUCCGACAAAGCUGAGUCAUUGGGUCUUGUUAAUUCAAUUAUACAUGAUGCUGGCCAUACACAAGUUCCCAAAGGCACUGCAACUGUUCUUGGGAUAGGACCGGCUUUGGCUUCUGAAAUCAACCUUGUUUCCGGUGAUCUAAAGUUGCUUCCUUAA